UUGUUCUUGUAUUUUGUUGGAAAACAAUUAAUUUUGAGUCUUAGGAAUUAGUACGCGUAGGAUUUGAGUAGAUAUUAAUGUUGUUAUGUUUAGAUAAAUUCGCUUUGAUUAAUAAUAAAUAAGAGUAUAAUUUAUUAAAAUAAAAUAUGGAUAUUGAUGAACAUUAUACUCGUCGCUAUCCACACAGUGUCGUCUGGACUCCAAUACCAUUUAUAAGUUGGUUAUUUCCAUUAAUUGGUCAUAUGGGAAUCACUACAUCCACUGGAGUAAUACGAGAUUUUUCUGGAUCAUUUUAUGUUGCUGAAGAUGAUAUGGCCUUUGGAUACCCUACUAAGUAUUGGCAGUUGGAUAUAAGAACUGUAAUUGGUGGUUCUAAAGCAUGGGAUAAAGCUGUUAAUGAGGCAUCUAUUGAAUAUUUUAAUAGAAUGCACAAUCUACUGUGUGAUAACUGCCACUCUCAUGUUGGCAUGGCAUUAUCAUUAAUGAAUUAUAGUAAAAGCAAAAACUGGAAUAUGGUUAAAUUAGCUUUAUACACUUUUAUUUUUGGAAAAUAUGUGAGUUGCAAUGCAUGGCUUAAAACUUGGGGUCCAUUUAUCAUUUUUGUGUUUGUAUGUUUUGGGCUUUAUUCAUAUGGAAAGUAUUUCUAAUACAGUUACUUUGUGAAAUAAUUUUUUACAUUUUACCAAGAGAUCAUUAUAUGAUAAAAUUGUAUUAAA